AGGGCGCUGAGGCUUGCACUACACCUCUAGAACCCGAUUCGCAUUGUGCGCCCCGAGUACCCAACUUUUGGUUAUUCCUAAUUCCUUUCACUUGACAAAAAACGCGUGAAAAAUGUGAUAUGCAAGCUCAAACUCCGACCGGAUUAUGCCCAGUAUGAAGAGUGCGAAAAGAAUACAAUGGACUAGAUCAACCGCGAAACUGGGUAGGUGAGUGGGUGCGAUAGGUACUGACAAUUGAUAUUUUUUGCAAGUUAUGGAUCAACUUGUUGCCCAAAAGAGAAUAGCGAUAGGGGGUGAAAGGAUUUUGUUCAUCGGAAACAGAGGACUCCCGGCAAUAUCCAAACCAAGGAGGUAAAUAACACACACAAAAACUGUUCGAUUCGCCAAUCAAAGUAGCGCAGUGCUUAGAAUUGUAAUCCGUGCGAACUAUUUGAUGUACCACAGGUGACGGUGUUUGGCAGACGCAUCGGGUCGUUUGUACUGUGGACACAGCUGUGAUGCGAUGAUGUGCAGUUUACGACUAAUCGCCACGUAUUGAGACAAUAUUCAUCAAUUUACUCUCACUUUAUUGAAUCUAUUCACUUCUAGUUCUAUUAUACUGCUCUAAAGAAAGCAACACGUUUUAUUCGUCAGAAUCAGAAGGCUAAUUUUCCUGCAUUGCCUUUCGUUUUUUAGCCAUUUUAUUCGAGCGCGCUAGCUCUAGCUCUCUGUUUAGAAUCAUGUUAGGUCUCGAUAAAGUGUCCUUCAGGGAUAAAUUUCCUCUAUUCCUUAUGGAAUGGAACUUAAUCCUCUGUGCGCUGUUGCUACCCAAAGCUGCUUGUGGCGAAGACCUGUAUGGCGUACAUACCAUAACCUCAAAGAACUUUAGGUCUCUAGUGAUAGACAGCCCUACCCCCGAGGUUUGGAUAGUCUGCGUCAAUACGGAUAUCAGCGUAGAAAAAGAGGUGCAUAGAUCCGAGUUCGAGUUGAGAGGUCUUCUCAUAAGAGUCGGGCUGAUUGACCCUAAGAAGGAUAACGAUCUUUUGAAAAAACAGGGCUUCUUGGACAAGUCGAGUGAGUGGCUGACUUGUCGAGUUUACCCCUACGGUGGAUGGAAAAUUAAGACAGCAGGUCAUAUGGAUGUCAAUUCCUUCGCAGCUGCCCGCAUGGUUGCCAUCGAAAAUGUCCCGGACAGGACUCAGAAGGUGUCCGAUAUGAAAGAUCUUGAAGGAUUCGUCCACACGUCACUUCAGACAUCACCACCUAGAUUUCCUGUCCUUCUCUUUAUAGACAAAAGGGAAACCCCCGUCGUGUACAAAGCCUUAGCGCUAAAAUACUCCACUUACUUCCACUUCGGCGUAGCACGCAAGCCCUCAAAGGAUCUCAUGCAGAAAUUUGGCGUCACUUCUCUGCCAAAGUGCAUGGUACUCUUGUCGACUUUAACCUCAAACAAGCAGCUUACUUUUAGCGCUAUUCCUUACGAAUACUCGUACGGGCCUGUUAGCUACAUGACCAUCGCCAAGUUUUUGUACUCUGUUCACGAGAAGCACUGGAAGGAUUUACCUAUGAUGGAAAAGUACAGGGGGGAGAUCAACCUAAAGGAAGUUUACACUGCCGAUGGAAACGAGAUUUUUAAGGAGGUGGUGAAGAAUAACGUCAAAGAUGAACUAUGAUGUUAACUAGCCCAGGCAAAUUUGUGAAGACGUUUUCUAGAAAUUAUAUACUCUAUAGGACAUUACCCUGGAACAUACAGUAUAUCCACAAUCACGUCAUGUUUAUAACUUUGAUUUUUAAAACAGUAUAAUAAAAAAAGGAGUUGCAGAAAAAUGCAAAUGAUCAAUAAUUUAAGCUACCGCCGGUAAUUUUGAUAAUAAUAUAAAUCAUAUUUGAAAACAAAAAGUUUAUUUACACUUUGAAAUCUUCUAAUAGGUCACUUGUGUACCAUUUAUAUAUUUUUUACCUUAUUGCAAUAAAUUAUUCUUUACAAACUUGUUAACCCAUCAAAA